AUGUCACGCACGUCGGACACGCUGUACCACAUGUGCGAUUCCGCAGCAUGGCAGAGGUGCUGUCAGGCCCCGGACCAGCCCUACUUCCCGCCCACGUACGAUGCUGAUGGGUUCACGCACCUCACUGCAGACCCCGCGCUGCUGCUCGGAGUGGCAAACCACUUCUACACGGACGUCGGCGGUGACUGGAUCGUCUUGUGCAUAGAUCCCAGCAAGCUGAAAGCGAAGGUCGUAUUCGAGGCCGCGGCGCCUGUGGGUGACAAGCCCGCCAAGGAGGGGGAGCAGCUCUUCCCGCACCUGUAUGGGGGCAUCGACGUCGCCGCGGUGUUCGACACGAUGAGGAUGGUCCGGGACCCCGCGGGACGCUUCCUGUCCAUCGAGGGCCUUUGA